AUGGCGUCCGAGGACGAUGCCCUCUCCUCCGUCACCUUCGGACUAGGGCGCAUCCUGCAGGACGCCGGUGUCGAUCCGUCUUCCCUUUCCUCCUUUCUCGGCGACAACAGCGAAUCGACCAAAGGCUUGACGCAGGUGGAACUGUCUGACGACGACAAUAAUGCCAAGUUCGAGGAUGAUAUCUCGGAUGCAGAGCUGGAGGGAGGGGAGGAGGAGCGAGAGCAAAGGGCGAGGGAUGGAGAGGCGCGAAAGAGGGAAGAGGAGCGAUGGAGGAAGAAGGGUUUAGAGUUGAUGAAGCAAAGCAUGGCCAAGGAGAAGGCAAAGAAGGAAAAGCGCAAGCUGGAGGGUGCAGAAGUUCAGGAGGAGACCGAGCUCGACAAGGUGCUCAAGAUAUGGCCAAACUUUGCCAAGGGUAAACCUCUACGGAUGACAGAGGUGGUCUAUGAAACACCGGCAGAGCUUGGGAUGUGGAAUGAAGAGAGAAAGAAGAGACGGAUAGAAGAGGGUGGCAAGGAAAAGCAGGCUUAUACAUUCACAGUCGCUCCUCCAAAUCCAUCCCUUCAAGCAACCUUCCUUCAGUCCUCCCUUCCUCCAAUUGAGCUUCCAAAUACCAAUGCUCCCAACUACUCAAAACCGAUCGGCCGGUUCUUUGACAAGAAAUGGGUCAAGGAGGCCAAGGAACGGAGAAGACGAGAUAUGAUGGUGCAGCCACCUGCCUUAAAGCCGGAGGCCGAGGAUGAUGUUGAAGAAAUACGGCGGGACCUUGAUGUGGUUGAUUGGGAGGCUGGGAUUGUAUUCAAUCCAUUAGAGUUGCCACAAAAGCAGAUAGACAUUCUCGCGCCCCGCAACAACUUUCUCGAGUCCGGCGACUGGCUCUCGGACAUCAUCUGGGACGCAACACGUGUCGUGCCGGAGCUUGUCGAGAGCGAAGAUGAGGAUGCCGAUCAAGCUUCCAAAAUUCCUUCCACCAAGACUACCAAAAAAGGUGCCAUCAUCGCUGCUACCAAAGACGUUGUACUCGAUCCUUUCAACAUCUCGAACGACAUUCUAUACAAGGCGUCGGAAGGCGCGAAACACAUCCGACAGACGUUUGGUGCUAUUGAAGUAUUCCAUUCGCAACCUGCAAAGGUGCUUCAGCUGCCCUUCUACAAGACUACUUUGACAAAAUCCGAAGCUCGUGCUUGGCAUCGCCCCCCCUUACAAUUCCCUACCGGUGUUACACUCACCUUCUCCAAACUCAAACACAAUGUCUCGGCCGGUGCCAAUGUCAAAAAGAAGACAGUGUCCGAUCCCGGCGAGAAAUUCAAGACUACCAAAGACCUCACGCUCUCGGAGCAGGGCACUUUUGUGCUUUUGGAAUUCUCAGAAGAAUACCCACCGAUCAUGAGUAAUUAUGGGAUGGGGACGACGAUUGUCAAUUAUUACAGGAAGAAGGAUGAUAAUGACGAUAAUCCGCCAAAACUGGAGUUCGGACAGACGUCGGUCUUGAAUCCGGGAGAUGCGGAGCCGUUUUUGCUGGGCUAUGUGGACAAGGGCAAGACGACCCAGGUCAUCCACAAUAACCUGAUACGAGCCCCCAUCUUUGAGCAUAAGCCCGAGACUACCGACUUUUUGUGUAUCAGACAAACCGUCAACGGGCACGUCACAUAUCACAUUCGCCCCAUCAAACACAUCUUUACCGUCGGUCAAACCGUCCCGAACGAAUCCGAGGUCCAUGGCCCCCACGCUCGUAAAAAUACGAACACUGCCAAGAUGCGCCUCAUGAUCAUCGCCUGGCUUCUUAUCAACAAAUCGAAACAAAAGCGCUUCAAGAUCGGAAAGCUGCUCAAAUACUUUCCGGAUCAGACCGAGCUGCAAAUGAGGCAGAGGCUGAAAGUGAAAGGCAACGAAUUCUUGAUGUAUGCGAGGGCGCCGGGGCCUAAUCAGGGGUACUGGAUGUUGAACCCGGACUAUGCUUUUCCUGAUGAGAGGCAGCAGGUGUUGGAGAUGUGUCCUCCAGAGCACGCGUGUCUUUACGAGGCUAUGCUGGCUGGUGCCCGACAUCUUUACGAUGCGGGAUACAAGAAGACGGCUGAAGGCGGGCACGAAGAUGAAGAUGAGGCGAGCUUGGACAUCGAGCAAAGGCUGGCGGUAUGGUCGACGACGCACAAUUACAAGUUGGCGGAAGCGCAGAAGGCGUGGUUGAUGGUCCACGGGGAGGGAGAGCCGACCGGGAGAGGCGAAGGAUUCAGCUUCCUGAGGGCAAAUAUGAAGAAUUACUUUUUGAGGAAGGGUGAGACUGAGCAGGGUAGGAGGCUGGAAGCAGAGGCAAAGGCGGGGGGCAAUGUUGUCAAGAUCUCCAACGCCGAACAAAAUCGUAUCUACGAGGAAGAAAAGCGCAAGGUCUGGGAUUAUCAAGCUGCUGCCCUCUCCAAUCCUACCCCUCCCGGUAUCACCUCGGAUGAAGAAGAAGCUCAUCGCAUUGCAUCAAUCCCCCUCAUGCCAGGCCUUGCACCCAAGGUGGUCAGGGGCAGAGACAGUUCAAGCCGAGCUUUCUCCAGAGGGACGUCAUUGGCAUAUACGCCGAGGGACUUUGAUAGUCCGAGAGAGAGGACCAGAUCGCCCAGUACCUUUUCAAUGGACGGGGCGGAGAGCAGUCACGCGGGCGGAAACCCGUGGAUGGGCAAAGUGCUCAGGAUCAAGAGGAUGGUCAAGGGGAAGGCUCAGUUUGAUAUCAUCCGAGACCCAGCUGUCAUUGCCAGUUACAUGAAGCGGGUCGAAGAGAAGAAGAUUGAUUACUACAUGAACCACCCCGACGAGCUCGCGCCCACCGGUGAUGCGGAAGAGGAUGCGAUCAGAAAGGUCGCUUUGCAAAUGCUCCUCGACAAGAACAAGCUGAACCAGCAGAGACGUCUGAUGCGAAAAAAGUACCAGUCAAAGACGCUGGAAACAGACAACAUGGGUAUCGAGGGUAUAGACCUGGAGGGGAAGAGAAAGUGUGGUGCAUGUGGCGCUAUCGGUCAUACAAAGGCCAAUCGCAACUGCCCCAUGUUUGGUGUCAACACCGGUCCGGCCUCAGUCGGUCCUUCCCCGUCCAACACACAUACUCCCGGGGCGCCCAACUCGGGCUAUGGACCGUAUACUCCGAUAGACUCUGGAGCGCCAUCGAGUCAGCCCCAGCAGACGUCUUUCAAGAUCAAGUUGGGCGGGGGGCAUUAG